CUCCGCACUGUUCCUCGGACUCUCGUCUCGCUAGUUCCCCAACUUCCGGCGCAAGCUGAACCCUCGGACCCGACCGCGGCAGCCGCCGAUCCAGCCCCGCCGCGAUGGAAUUCGCCCUCGUCGACGGCGAGAAGUUCUCGCCCUCCUGCUCCACGCUCGUCAUGCCCGCGCUUUCGAUCGGCAACGUGGGGCAGCUCGCCGUGGACCUGCUGAUACCGUCGGCGAAGGCGAGGCGCGUGGCCUACCUCGAUGAGCCCUCCGUGCUGCCCUGCAUCGGCAACGACGCCUUCGGACCGGGCGCUGUCGGCGACCUCGCGCUCGCGCUCGAAGAAUACGAGUCACCGUCUCACGGGCUGGCUUUCAUUCAACAAAGAUCUCCAGUUAUUACGGGGAUGAUGGUUUCGUUUGCCAAAAAUGUUGCUAAUUUCAUCAGUAGCAUUGAGAAGGACCAUGUUGUUAUUCUUUCAAGUUUAGAUUCUGGCAAGAGAAGAGUAAUUGAUGCAUCCAGUGAUAUGCUGUAUUACCUUUCAAGCUGCAAUGAGGAUGGUUCUGAUCCAGAAUGUGAGAAACUAGGGUGGAAGAAACUUGAGGAAUAUAAUCCAUCUCAACGACUGUGGAAAUGUCUUGCUAGUCUAAUUGAGGGUGGUGUUCUUUCAGAAGAUAUGGCUGAUGAUCCUGAAGAGAUGACCGCAAGUGAUUACUAUGCGACCUUACCAUUUGCAGCUCUAUUCUUUGCCUGCAAGGCCAAAGGUUUGAAAGUUAGCUGUGUAUUAUGUUACUGUUCAGAAGGGGACAAUAUGCCAGAAUCUUUCCACUUAGCAGAAGCAGUAUGCAAACUUCGAGGUCAAGACCCUGAACAAUUCCAUGGAAAUGGGUCAAAUGGAUGGACUAUUCCCUUGUCAUGGAAAUCAAUUUAUGGACCACCUCCUGAUAUGUCUAUUUUCUAGACUGACUGACCUAGGAAGUUGCAAUCAUGGACAGCGCUGUAUCUAGAAUGAGGAAGGAUAUUAGCUUUAGGUUGUGUACUAGAAAUCCCCAGGAUGGUGAGUCGCCGACCCUCUUUUGAAGCAACAACAGUUUUCAACUUCCGUUUAGAACUGGAGGGAUCGUGAACCUGGAAUUUAUCUGCCGCGGCUAUUCCUCAUGUCUAAGUGGAAUAGAUUUAUUCGUUUUUAUUAAAAAAAUUCACUAACAGCCUUUGUACACUCUGAUGAGAUGGAUUUUUUUGGAAAAUCUUUCGAUCUAUAUUCA